AUGGAAAUCAUCACACCCCAGGACUAUCAGAACAACGCUCGCAAGCGACAGCGUCGCAGUCUUCGUCCCUGUGACGCCUGUCGGAAGCGCAAGACUCGCUGCGUUACAAAGGACGGCGACGACAACUGCGUCCACUGCCAGCUGAGAGCCACGCCGUGUACCUUCCAGCAUGAUCCUCCGGAGCGACAGGUCGCCAGCGGUAGUGGCAGUAGUGGUGCUAUUAUUUCCGGCCCAAACUCAAAUACAACAAUCUCCCUGCAACAGCUGCCGCCGCAGGACGAUGCCGCCCAUGAGGACCAGAGCCAGACGUCAGCCCGGAGCAUGAGCCAGAGCCGGAAAGCGUCGCGAGACGAUGUCCAGUCUGUCCACUCCGUCCCCUCGGUCCAGGCAUUUUUAUCUCCUGCUGAGACUAGGGCUUCUGCUGAUAGCGGCAUUCCUCUCGCUCCGCCCUCUGUCAUGGUCCCGGAGCUUGGUCCCCUGGACCGCACUAUGGGAUGCUCGUCUACGCGGUUUGCAGAGCUUUAUGGUCUGGGGAGCGAUAUGGAACCUAUACUAAUGCGACAUCGACCCUACGAUCCUCAGACUCACGAGUUUAGCCUCGACACACAUGCUAUUCGACGCGUGCUGGAGAGAGAUGACGGUCAGGAGUAUCCCUUGACAUUUCACAUGGCUCGCGACGAAAAAGCAGUUGAAGGCGAUCCGACAUUUACUCAGGUCGACGCUAUCGAGAGCUGUGUUCGUCCUCACGGCCCAAGUCUCGUUGAGCUCUUCUGGAGACACGUACAACCAUGCUAUCCCAUCCUCUCCAAGGACCCCUUUACCCUUGCCUACAGCCAGUCAUACCGACGCAUUCCCGCCGCCCUCCUCGGAGCCAUCUACCUGUCCGCCAUUCGCUGGUGGACCUACGACCCUGAGCUGUCCAUCAGAAACCCCCCUGACGCCGCCCUCCUCCGCAGGAUGCUACGGUCCGCCAUACCAGCAUCUUAUCACCGCCCAAAGCUCAGUUCCAUCCAGGCCGCCCUCCUCCUGCUGCAGUGCCAGCCCGAGGACCCCCUCAACCCCGACCACACGUUCCAAUGGGGGCUCACCUGUCAGGCGCUUGCGAUAGGCCAGUGUCUUGGGCUUCACCUCGAUGCGAGCAACUGGACUAUUCCGCAAUGGGAGAGAAAUGUUCGCAAGCGGCUCAGCUGGGCGCUAUUCAUGCAGGAUCGCUGGACGGCAUUGGCUUACGGACGUCCUGUGCAUAUUCACGACGAUGACUGGACAGUGGGCGAUCUUACACCGGGCGAUUUUUCUGAUUUCGACAGCGAAGCCCACGCAGCUUCGGCGUCCGCUUCUGGUUCGGUUUCUAGUUCUGUUUCUGUGUCUGGCUCUGACGAUGACCGGAGAUCUAUUGCUGCCACUGGCAUGACGCAGUUUAUACAGAUGGUGCGGUUGACGCAGAUUCUAUCCGUUGUCUACUCCAACUUUUACACAGCUCGGACAUGUCGUGAGCAAGACACCGUUAUUCUAUGGGAGAAAGCCCGGCCGCUCUUCGAGAUGUUGACGAACUGGUACCAUAGCAUUCCGCCGACACUGCAGAUGAACGUUAUUUACCAGCGCAAGCUGUGCUUCCACGGAUACCUGCACUUCUCCUACUACGGCGUCGUAAUGACUCUGCUGCGCCGCUUAAUACGCUCUACAGCACUCCCACCGCGAUGCUCGGACGAUCGAGUCCUCUCCAGCAUUCGACAGAUUGCGCUGCAGACAGCUCAGAGCGCCAUAUCCUUUGUCAUAAGCCUGCGACCCGAUCAUCUCGAGGCGUUCUGGUACUUCACGUCACCCUACCUCUUCUCGCUCCUCGGCUCCUUCACCACAUUACUUCUCGUCACUUCGCUGUCAUCGCAGGAGCGACAUUUCUGGCAGGAGACCCUAAACUCGUAUCUCUGGAAUCUUCGCAUGAUGAGCAAAAGCCAUCAGCCGAUGCAAUAUGCCGUUAAUCGACUGGAGGGGGCUAUAUUGCGCGGCCUGGAGCAUUCUCUCGCGGUCAAUCUGAACGAACCGCUUAAUGAUAAAGUUAGCCCGAUGAUGGGUAAUUAUGGUGCUGAUGUUUAUGAAUAUACUGAUUUCGGCGACUGGGAUCUCGCCGCGGGCGCGUCGGGGCCUUAUGAUCUCCUCAGCGGUUUGGUCAUUCAACCAAAUCCCAUGAUGCCGCAGAGAGAUCUUGGAUGA